AUUUUUUCGGCUGAAUAUUCUUUCACGCCCUUAUUUAUGUUAUCUACCUUUUCAAGGAGAAAUUCUAUCCUCCUUUUAGAAGAGAAGAUUGGUUGAAGAAUCAAAGCGGAUUCACAAAGAUAAGCCCACUGCUUACUAUUCUGCUAGUUUGCUUGCAUUUCUUCUUUGUUGUCCACUUCUCAUAGAAAGAUAGUUGAUUUCACUGAAAUUGUCCACAGUUGAAUCGAGGCCUUCCAAUUAGUUCGUCGCAGUGAGAAAGAACUACUUAAGUACCAUCGUAAUUAACAAAACAGGCCAAAGAUGGAAGGGGUUGAGCACAGAAUAGUUAAGGUGAAUGGCAUAAACAUGCACGUUGCAGUGAAGGGGCAAGGCCCGGUCAUUCUUUUCGUCCAUGGCUUCCCCGAGCUAUGGUACUCUUGGCGUCACCAGAUUUCUGCUUUGUCUUCCAAGGGUUACCGAGCUGUAGCCCCUGACCUGAGGGGCUACGGUGGCACGGAUGCUCCGGAUUCAGUCGCCUGUUACACCUGUUUCCAUAUAGUGGGGGAUUUAGUUGAGCUUUUAAACACCAUCGCCCCUGACCAACAGGUGUUCGUGGUUGGCCAUGAUUGGGGAGCUAUCAUUGCUUGGUAUUUGUGCUUGUUCAGGCCAGACAAAGUGAAAGCUGUGUUCACCCUCAGUGUGCCCUUUAUUCCACGUAAUCCACAAAUGAAGCCCACUGAUGGGUGGAGAGCUAUCUAUGGGAAUGAUUAUUACAUAUGUAGAUUCCAGGAACCUGGAGAAAUAGAAGCUGAGUUUGCAGAGAUGGGUACAGAGACAGUAAUGAAGGCAUUGCUAACAUACAGAGUUCCAGAUCCAUUAAUGUUACCCAAAGGGAAACCAUUCGGCCAUUCAGCAAAUACCCCAAUUACAUUGCCUUCUUGGUUAUCAGAGGAAGAAGUUAAUUACUAUGUCACUAAGUUUAACAAAAGCGGCUUCACUGGUGUGAUCAACUAUUACCGUAACUUUGAUCGAAAUUGGGAACUGAUGGCACCAUGGGGUGGUUGUGAGGUAAAGGUAGCUGCCAAGUUCGUAGUGGGUGAUGUGGACCUGGUUUACCAUAUGCCCGGCAUGAAAGAAUACAUUCACAAUGGUGGAUUCAAGAAAGAUGUGCCAAUGUUAGAGGAAGUAGUGGUAAUGGAAGGAGUUGGGCACUUCAUCCACAUGGAAAAACCCGAAGAGAUUAACAACCUCAUUUAUGACUUCUUCCAUCAGUUUGAUUAACAUUUUGUUUUAAAUCCUUGUCUGUCCCAUCUAUAUUUGUGUAAUAAAAUUUGGGUAGCCUAAGGACCUUAAUCAUCUGUGCAUGUAUCCAGCUGAUUUCGGGAACUGAUAUUUGAUCUUUCCAAUCCCCCGACAUCCUUCCCCGAAUGUUUUUAGAUAUAUAAAAGAAUUAUUUGUGUUUAGCAAA